AUGGGUGGGUUCUUCCGGGAGCCAGGCUCCUGGCUCAGCUCUUCUCCAGAGGAAGUCGGAAGUUGCCAGGAGUUCUGUGCCUUGGCCUCCGCUGUGAAGAGAGCAAGUCAGCUCAGCAGCACCAUGGAUGCAGUGACGUAUAAUGAUGUGCAUGUCGACUUCACUCAGGAGGAGUGGGCAUUGCUGGAUCCUUCACAGAAGAAUCUCUACAACAAUGUGAUGCUGGAGACCUAUCUGAACCUCAGUGCUAUAGGCAUGAAAGAAGUUAUACAGGAGACCAAUCUUCUCAAUGGACUCUAUGUGUUAAUGCAUUUGCAUGUCAGAGUCAUCUUCAAAGGUAUGAAAGAAUUCAUACUGGAAAGAAACUCUAUGAAGGUAUUCAUUAUAGUGAAGACUUUGCAUGUCAUAGUAGUCUCCAAAUACAUCAAGGAACAUGUACUAGAGGGAAACCAUAUGAAUGUAAGCAAUGUGGUAAAGCCUUUGCUCGUCCCAGUCAUCUUCAAAUGCAUGAAAGAACACAUACUGGAGAGAAACCCUAUGAAUGUAAUCAGUGUGGUAAAGGCUUUGCACAACACAGUCAUCUUCGAAUGCAUGAAAGAAUACAUACUGGAGAGAAACCUUAUGAAUGUAAUCAGUGUGGUAAAGCCUUUGCUUGUCAUAGUUCUCUUCAGUUGCAUAAAAGAGGACAUACUGGCGAGAAACCCUAUGAAUGUAAUCAUUGUGGUAAAGCCUUUCCUCGUCUUGGUGAUCUUAAAUUGCAUAAAAGAAUACAUACUGGAGAGAGACCCUAUGAAUGUAAUCAAUGUGGUAAAGCCUUUGUGCAAUACAGUCAUCUUCGAAUGCAUGAAAGAACACAUACUGGAGAGAAACCCUAUGAAUGCAAUCAGUGUGGUAAAGCCUUUCCCCGUUACAGUCAUCUUCAAAGACAUGAAAGAACACAUACUAGAGAGAAGCCCUAUGAAUGUAAUCAGUGUGGUAAAGCCUUUGGUUGUUACAAUCAUCUUCAAAGACAUGAAAGAACACAUACUGGAGAGAAGCCCUAUGGAUGUAAUCAAUGUGGUAAAGCCUUUGUUUGUCUUGGUGAUCUUCAAUUGCAUAAAAGAACACACACUGGAGAGAAACCCUAUGAAUGUAAUCAUUGUAGUAAAGCCUUUGCACAACACAGUCAUCUUCAAAGGCAUAAAAGAAUACAUACUGGAGAGAAGCCCUAUGAAUGUAAUCUGUGUGGUAAAGCCUUUGCAUGUAACAAUGGUCUUCAAAGACAUGAAAGAACACAUACUGGAGAGAAGCCCUAUGAAUGUAAUCUGUGUGGUAAAGCCUUUGCAUGUAACAAUGGUCUUCAAAGACAUGAAAGAACACAUACUGGAGAGAGACCCUAUGAAUGUAAUCAAUGUGGGAAAGCCUUUUCUCGUCUUAGUACUCUUAAAUUGCAUAAAAUAACACAUACUGGAGAGAAACCCUAUGAAUGUAAUCAAUGUGGUAAAACCUUUGCCCAUUACAGUUAUCGUCAAAAACAUGAAAGAAGACAUACUGGGGAGAAAACCUAUGAAUGCAA